UGAUAUUUUGUAUGCUCUGAUAAAAUGUGAAGUGAAAGUCAAAUCGAAUAACGCACGUGUCUAAAGAAUGUUUUGUUGACGUUUGUUGUAAUAUUGUUAUGUUGCUGAUAGACGAAAGUCGUAAUAACUGACAGGCUACAUUUGUACACACACAACACAGAAUGGAUAUGUAGGAUAUUUUUCGACAGCUCGACAUAAUUGUUAAUUUCACAUUUCAACGAGGCAUAAUCGGACGCAAACUACGCCAACAUGAAUGCGAUGAAAUCAGGUUGGUUCAGCGAAUUAAACGAUCUCUGGCCCGGCGUUGCGCUCUCGCUGGAAGUGGAGGAGGUCCUGCAUACCGAGCGCUCUCAGUUCCAAAACAUUUUGGUAGUGAAAACAAAAUCACACGGCAAGGCUUUAAUGCUCGACGGUGUGAUCCAAUGCACCGAGAAAGACGAAAUGUCUUAUCACGAGAUGAUAUCAUAUUUACCGCUCUGUUGCCAUCCAAAACCUCAACGUGUCCUGAUAGUCGGCGGGGGUGAUGGCGGGGUUGCCCGAGAGGUCUCGAAACAUCCGGAUGUAGAGCAAAUCACGCUAGUGGACAUCGACGACCGAGUUAUCGAAGUGUGCAGGCAAUAUAUGCCUCGUUUGAGUUUGGGUCUUAAUAAUCCCAAAGUAAAUAUUUUUGUUGGCGACGGUUUCGAAUAUCUAAGGGAUCACCGUAGUGAAUUCGAUGUCAUCAUCACUGAUAGUAGCGAUCCCGUAGGUCCCGCCGAGAAUCUCUUUAAGCAGUCAUACUAUGAGUUAUUGAAAGCUGCGUUGAAACAUGGUGGAAUCAUUGCCAGUCAAGCUGGAACAGCAUGGAUGAAUAUGGAUCAAGUGUAUAGUACGUACCAGCAUUGCAAGACCGUGUUUCCCGUCGCUGCAUACGCGGUAACAGCAGUACCGACGUACCCAACUGGUCAAAUCGGUUUCGUUCUUGGAAGCCUAGAACAAAUAAAUUUAACAGAACCGAUGAAGAUAUUCAGCGAUGAAGAUCUCGAGCGUAUGUCAAUGAUGUAUUACAAUGAUAAGGUACAUCGGGCUGCUUUUGCCUUACCAAGAUUCGUGGAGAAGGGUUUGCGCGGUGCUUAAAGUAUUAGCUAAAUACUUAGCAAUAUAUUUAUUAAAUUCAAUUUUGUAUCAGUUAACGUAAAACUUAUUUACGCUGAUAUUUGCGUGUAAAUAAUGUUUGAGGGCUUGUGACAUUAUAUGAUAACAAUAAAAAUAAUUACAAACAAUAAAA